AUAAAGAUCUUGACAAGCUCUUAUCUCUCUUAAAAAGUCCAGAGAAGCAAACUGGUUGGACAGAAAUUUGUAGAAAACAGUUCUGCAAAGUCAUGAAAGCCAGACCGGAUGUCAUCAGUGGAACAAUUUUGGCAGGAGUAAUUGAAAAGUUCGUGUCACAUCUUUCUGAAAGCCGAUCGGAUUGUUAUUUCAGCACGGGAAACUAUAAAGCCAUGGAUGCAGAUGUGAAGAAUGAAAGCCUUUCAUCAGUGCAGCAGCUUGGUGUUGAAAUGACAGUCAGAUAUGGAAAAUAUCUAAACUUGCUAAAAGAACAUGCUGAAAAUGGGCUGUGCUUUGUGUUAAUGAAUUGUGAGAAAUUUCUGAAACAACAGCAAAGAACUGUGGAAUCCUCACUUUGCUGCUUGCAGGAGCGCUGUGCUGGCUAUGACUGGUUUGCCUCUUCUGUCUUCCUCAUGAUGUCAGGGGAUGGGGAGAAGACACUGACGUUUCUUCAGCGAUUUUCACGUCUUCUUGUUUCAGCAUUUCUCUGGCUACCGAGACUGCAUCUAUCUAUGCACCUGCCUAUUACCACAGUGGAAUCUGGCAUCCAUCCAGUCUAUUUUUGCAGUGCUCACCACAUUGAAAUGUUGCUGAAAGCUGAGUUGCCACUUGUCUUUUCAGCCUUCCACAUGUCUGGUUUCGCUCCGUCCCAGAUUUGUCUGCAAUGGAUAACUCAGUGUUUCUGGAAUUACAUGGACUGGAGUGAGAUCUGUCACUACAUUGCUAUAUGUAUUUUCCUUGGUCCCGAUUAUCAAAUAUAUAUGUGUAUUUCUGUGUUCAGACACCUACAGCAAGACAUCCUGAAGCACACUGAAGCCCAAGAUCUCCAGGUUUUUCUUAAAGAAGAAGCACUCCAUGGAUUUCGAGUGAGUGAUUAUUUAGAAUACAUGGAAAGCUUGGAGGCGAUCUACAGACCUAUGCUGCUGAAAGACAUGAGGAACAUAAGAGUGCAGAAUACAUAG